UUGCCUAAUUGUAAUCUGUCAAUUUCGUUGCUCAUUGGUGAUUCACUGUAGUCGUUUUUAUUCUAGUUUUGCAAUUCCAAUAAACAACAGUGAAGUUCGCCAAUAAUUUGUUUAGGAACGUCUAAUUUAGUGAAAAUGAGUUUUCUUCAAAAAAUGUUUGGGUCUGGUGGCAAAGAUAAAGGCAUGCCCACUACCGGGCAAGCUAUACAAAAGUUAAGAGAAACUGAGGAAAUGCUGAUUAAGAAACAAGAAUUUCUUGAAAAAAAAAUUGACCAAGAAUUGGAUAUUGCUAAAAAGAAUGGAACUAAAAACAAAAGAGUUGCUAUUCAGGCCCUAAAACGGAAGAAGAGGUAUGAGAAGCAACUCCAGCAGAUUGAUGGCACUAUUUCAACUAUUGAAAUGCAAAGAGAAGCUUUGGAGGGAGCAAAUACCAAUACAGCGGUUCUUCAGACAAUGGGCGAUGCUGCUAAAGCACUAAAAGCAGCUCAUCAGCAUAUGGAUGUGGACAAGGUACAUGACAUGAUGGAUGACAUUGCUGAGCAACAGGAAGUUGCACGAGAAAUCUCAGAAGCCAUUUCUAAUCCAGUGGCCUUUGGUCAAGAUAUUGAUGAAGAUGAAUUGGAGAGAGAGUUGGAAGAAUUGGAACAGGAAGAGCUGGAUAAUGAAUUGCUGAAUGUUCCAGCAGCUGCAGCUCUGCCAUCUGUGCCUACUGCUGAGCCAGCUGCCAAAGUUCCGAGCCGAGCUGUACCUGCCCGUCCGUCGCGAGCCAAAGCAGAAGAAGAUGAUGAUGAUAUGAAGGAACUAGCUGCAUGGGCAUCAUAAAGUAGCUCAAGCUAACUGAUACUUACAAUCUUUAAUCUUAAAGUCACCCUAGUUGUGAUCCCCCUCAUGCUUUUCAUGUUCUCCACUUAUACAAUAUAACUGUGACUAUAACUGGGCUAUCGGGAGUGUAAAUAAAACAAAAACGCCAA